GCGCUGCAUGAAAUCUGCGUUCCCACAACUGUUCUGAGGUCAGCCAUAGAAAGCAGUUAACGAAUCUAAAAGGGUCCGCUCCACAUUCCGUUCCGAUCCGCUGUCAGACGAGUGAGCGCGCAAGUGUGAAUGUGCGCGCAGAGUGUGUUCGUGCAGUGCUGACAGUCUUAUGCAAGCCGCCCUACACAGAGCCACGAUGUCUGACGCUGCUGCUCCAGCAGACAACAACGGGGAGCCUGGAUUAAACGGGUCAUGGGUAGAGCUGGAGAUGAACAGAAAUGCUGCAUCUCUCGCUUCCUCCAGCACCUUAGUGCCGCCUCCUCUAGACCAGGUAGUAGAGGAGGAUGAUGGGAUGGUUGGGGGGCUGGAACAUGUUCCCUCAUCGUCUUCCAUCCACAAUGGAGACAUGGAAAAAAUCCUGCUAGAUGCCCAGCACGAAUCCAGCCGUAGUAACUCCUCAUGUGACAGCCCUCCUCGACCCCACAGUCCUCAGGAUGAAGGACAGAUCAUUUUUGACGUGGACAUGAGGAGGGACAGUCAGGAGGAAGUCAUGGAGAAGAUCAGAGAUGAUGACAUCUUAAUGAAGGAUUCAGACCGGGUGGCAGACUGGUCAAGUAGACCAGAGAAUAUUCCACCCAAGGAGUUUCACUUCCGGCACCCGCGACGUUCAGUGACUCUCAGCAUGAGGAAGACAGGAGCCAUGAAAAAAGGAGGCAUCUUCUCUGCUGAGUUCCUCAAAGUGUUUAUCCCCUCGCUGCUUCUGUCCCAUAUUCUGGUCCUGGGUCUCGGGGUCUAUAUCGGGAAAAGACUGACAACACCCACUGCAAGCUCCAUUUGAACACAAAUUUGAUCAAGUGCCUCAGGCAUGACCCAGGUGGAUUAGGGAGAAAGUAGCAGUUUGUACGAAGAAGUCCCCGGCUGCCCCUUUCUUCUGCUUUUACUUUUUCUCAGCCAACUUUCUUUACUUUUUCAGUAUUUCCUUUAAUCAUCCUUUCCAUUUUGAGAAGUAUUAGUGAUACACUUCUCUUCAUUUCAGGUCCUUUCUGUUUUAUCAUUUUCUGUAUCCCUUUUUCAGUUGUAAAUGUUCUUACACCCCCUUAGUAGAAGCAUUUAAGUUCAUUUUGAAAGUAUUUGGGGCAUUGCUGAGCAUAAACGUGCACACGCUAGCUCUGCUCGAUUCGGCUAGGAGGCAGCAAUGUGUCUGUUUAGCACCCCUUUCUGGUCCGAUCACGUGACCCAAGAGUGAGCCACUCACGAGUCAUAAAGGAUGCCCUUAGUUUUCACCCUCAAAUGGGAUCAACCAAAAUAUAGCGACUUUUUGAAGUCAUAUGAGCAUGCCUGAGUGAUGGCUAAGAUUUGAUUUAGUACUAGAAAUUCUAUCCAUUUAGUUCUUUUUAUUCAAUUUAUGGACGGAAUUCCAGGAUGAUGGACUUGGAAGUGUUUUGGGAAGGACAGGGCUCUCCGUAAACCCCAAACUCAUCUGGUGAAGAUAGAAAAUGAAUAGCUCAGACACAAUACACGUUUCUGACUGUAUCGCAUGCAAUUUUAUACCAAGUUUUGCAUAAUCUUUUACACAACCCUGACAGAGACAGCACCUGUUACAUUGAAAUGUUUAAUACAUAUAUUUUUUAAUAUUUCAUCUCAUAAACUUAGGUAAACACCGGUCGGGGCUAACGGAUCCCUGUAUGGGAGAAAAACGCUAUUAUUUAUCUGUCCUUGUUUCUCUAUGUUUGUUGUGUCAUUUUGUUUGCUUAUAGUUUCCUUCACAUACAUAUCAGGAUCAGGACCUAGUGAUUCAUAACUAGGCUUCUACAACACAGCCUAUUUUGCAGUACCACACAAUUCACCAUUAGCAUUGAGCUGGAUUGGAUUCAAAAGGACAACAGCUCUAGGACCAGAUUUACUAACAGCUGGCACCAGCGCAAACCCUUUUUUUUGGCGUUAAAAUAGUACUGUCAGGAUUUACUAAAGACACACAGUGAAAAAAAAUACGCUGUAAAGGCAUUAUUUUUGCAGCUGACCUUAUUGCAUAUGCAUUUGUAGGAGUUUCCCUUUCAGACGCAAGAUUUAUGGGAGGAAAGUAUUUAAAUUAAUUACGCAAGUGAUUUACUAAAGUUUAUGCUAGUCAAUUUACUGGUAUUUGUGCCAUUUUAUAAAACUGAUAGUUCUGGCCCUUGAUUCUGAUUGGUUGAGCCGCGUUCAAAGCCGUUGUAAAAUUCCCGAAAACAUACAGCUGACCGCAUUACAUAAGUAUUGCUGCACCACUGAGUGUGUAUGUUGCUGCAUCAGUCUUAGCAACAUUAACAUAUGUUUGUUCUUUAUUGAUUUUGUUCAUUGAAACUUACUGCAUUAUGUAGAAGAGUAUUGUGAGAGAGAUAUCGAGUGACCGAGAGUAUUACCCGCAUUCAAAUUUAGCAUUUUCCUUCAGGUCAGUCCUAUGUUCAUAAUAAGAUCCAUUUGAAUUUGCUGUGACCUUGUCCUUUUAACAUAAUGGGUUUCCCCGUUCCCUGCUGACACUGACAGCACUAGUCCAAGCAUUUGUCAUUUGCGUCUUGUUCCGUGUUCACAACAAGUUUCAAUAUAAAAGUCUUUGCGACUGAGUGACUCCAUGCCGCCAUCUAAUGGCGUAAUAAAUGUAACUUCUGUUGCUGUUCACGGUCAGGGACUAUUUUUUCCAUCAGAAGGAAGCCUUUUAAUGAAUUUACUUCAUGAAAGUUGCAUUGAUACAUAUUUUUUGGCUUUAAUAUUUGUAUUGUGUGGUAACCAUUUUAUAAAAGCAAUAAGCCCCGUGAAGCCAUGGUUUACAGUGAAUUUAUAACAGCUAAGGUGGUUUCCGCUCCGCGUUGUACCUAACACCCCUUAGCUGUUAUAAAUUCACUGUAAACCACAGAUUCUUGGGGCUUAUUGCUUUAAUUUACCGCCCCCCCAAAAAAAAAAAAGCUUAAACCAGACGUUAAUUUGCGUUGCUCUUGGUAGAUUGCGUUGGUCAUUAUGGAAAUGAUUCGGCUGCGUCUGUGUUCUUUAAUGUGCGCAUUGUCAGUAAAUCACCCACAGAACUUUCCACUCCCAUCAGCACUUUUAUGGGAUUGCGCUCUCACACUAAUUAGCCCUGUUUAAUAAAUCUGGCUCUUAAUGUUUUGCCAUGCUGUCUUGGCUGUGUCAAACUUUCUAGAAUUUUGAUACACACUCUCAUACUGAUUUAUAGCAUUUCCAUGCUGUUAACUUGAGGGCAACAGUGCAAGAGAAACCUUUCUUCAAUUAUAGUGAUGGUUCACCCCCCAAAAAAACAACAUUCUGUUAUUUACUUUGUGUUGCUCUUUUCCGUAUAAUGAAAGUUAUUGGAGAUAAACUGGAAGAGAGCAUUUUGGAUUUCGUUAAAAUAUCUACAUUUUGUUCUUGGACUUACAUAAGGUUGAAUAAUUUUAAUGAAAGAAUUUUAAUUCUCAUGGAAGUUAUUGACCUCAUACACUUACAGUCAUAGUCAGACACAUUUAGUGAACACUAACACUCCGGCGCCACAGGUGACUGUGUUAUCCUGGACAUGAACAACCCAGUCCUCAUCGUUGGGAAAAAGAUUUGUGUUUUCAACCCUGAAGUGAAAUUAUUCUCAAGUCUAGUUGUGGUUUUUGUCUCUUUUUAAGUGUAUUUUGGAUGUGUGAACCUGUUUCCUUUGUCUUCGUUAUCUAUCCAAGGAACUAUUUAUCCUGGAACACAGCUGCCAAAACGGAGAACUCAACUCUUAUGAACUUUGUGCCUCAUCAUGUUUGAUACAAUGUCCUGUUAUCAUUUCCUGUCCUCAUGUGCGUGUUCUGUGCCACAGGCUUUUUCUGUUUGUUGUUUUGCACCAUCUUCUUUGUGAACAUGACUUUUGGAAGGUUUCUCAUAUGAUUUGUUUGUUUGGAUUUUUACAACUGAGACAAACUAGAAGAGAACUUACAGGAUAAUUAAAGGAGUUUUAGUUCUUUUGUUUAUAUUGGCAUGCAAAUUGUGGUUGGAAAGAAGUGAGUAACUCUCCUUUAUGGAGAUACUUUCUUCAGACUGCGAUGUAAUGGUAAAAUGAAUUGUAGCAAAGUUUGAUUUGACAGACCUUUUUUUCAACCCUGUUGGACAAUGACAAAGUUUUAAAAUUAAAAUUUAAAGAACAAUCUGCA